AUGUAUGCAAGUGAAGAGAAAGAUCUUUGGGAUGUAACUUACAUUCUCCCAAACAGUCAUCGCCGUGUUGUUUACCGAAUGGUCCCACUACACAAUAUAAAUGAUUUAAUAGAACUCACAUGUGAAAUGGCCAAGACAUGUAAAAUACGUAUGCAGUGUAAUGAUCUCACACCCACGGCUCAUGUCCAUACAAAAUAUAUACUCCCAGGAUUCCAUUUAUACCACGAAUUGCCUAAUAAUAAUAAUAAUAAUAAUGAUAAUAUACCGCAUGGGGAAUCUUUCUUAUUACAGCCCAAUCCUGCGAGUUGGCAUUCAUUUUAUCAACAACAGGGAAAUUCAAAAAGUGUGCUGCUGCGUAUAGUGCCAUGCGAACUAUUCACAUCACCUCAUGUGAAGAGGAGGAAGGGAGAACUCUCUCUUAAUAGAUUAGGGAAGAAAAGGGAAGAUGAUAAUAGGGAAAUAUCUACAGAAGAGAAGGUGGGAAAUCCUUCUCUACGGGUUUUACAUUCUACGAAAGUGGAAACACCUUCAACUUCUUCCCCUAAAUUAGAUUCUCACUUUUCAAAAUUUCCACCGGCUCUUAUACAAUUACGAAGACAAAUCAAUAGAGAUAGUUCUUUACAAAAUAAAUCCCCUACACAUUUAUAUGAUGGUGAUACUUUAGUAGAUGUUUCCCUCGCAACUGUUCGUAUAUUUGCUCUUCGGUAUGUUCUCUCACAAAUUCAUGCAUUUCUAAAUGAACAAAUUACGGCUAGUAAAAAUAAAGAAGAAAGAAUUCCAUUAUUAACACGAGAAGGUAUAGUUUACUUUGCUGCCGCUGUUGUAAAAGAAUGGCAAAUGAAAUUAGAGUUUACAACUGCGGCUAUGAAUGAAGUAUGGAACUGUAUACCUCCAUUAGUGCGGAAUGCCCAAUUUGAAUAUCUAAAGAAUAUUCUCUUUAAUAUAUGGACUCAAUUUCUUGAGGCUAAAGAAAAUCAAAAGAAAAAUCAAGAAGAAGUGAAGAAUAAAGAGAAAAUGAAAAUGAUGGGGAUAGAGAAGAAACAAUCAUCUCUUCAUAGUGUUAAUGAGAAGAACAUAAAAACAAAACCAUCAGAGAGAAUCGCAUUAAUAGAAGAAGUAACAUAUUGUUCAAGUAGAGGUCCACUACCGCUUCCAUCAGGGAAUGUGGAAGGAAAACAACUUUUUCUUUCCCUUCUUAAUGUGAACUCACAGGUAGAUGUGAAGAAGGAAUUCUCUGUUACUGGUCAAGUACUUGGGGUAAGAAAUCCUUUGGGAUUGUUUUGGUGGAUUGUGGAAAGUGAAUGGAACUCACAAACAUCAAAUGAUAAAUUCCAACAAGGUGAAGAAAAUUCAGUAUUACUCCCAUUAGAUGUUUUUUAUAAUGAAUCCCGUUUAGUAACGUUUCAAAUUACUUCUCAGACAUUUUUACUUAUCAUACAAGCUGGAACCCUUAACGCUUCACGGAGUUAUCGAUUGAUUGCAGAGGUGUGUGAUAUUCACACUGGUGAAAUUGCUGUAGAUGAAGUGAAGUUUUCUACUAUGGGAUGA